AUGCCGAAGAACAGCAAAGUGACGCAGCGGGAACAAAGCAAUGAGCCAGUCACAGAAUCGGUGGCUGACCUCCUGGCCCUUGAGGAGCCCAUGGACUAUAGGCACAGUGUCUUAAAUGUGGCUGGAGAGAACUGGAACAAACAGCAGGAUGUGGAGGAACCUGCUGAGGACAGGCCGGCGUGGAACAGCAAACUGCAGUACAUUUUGGCUCAGAUCGGCUACUCUGUGGGGCUGGGCAACGUCUGGAGGUUUCCAUAUUUGUGUCAAAAGAAUGGUGGAGGUGCCUAUCUUGUCCCGUAUCUGGUGCUGCUCAUCCUUAUUGGACUCCCUCUCUUUUUCCUGGAGUUGGCUGUAGGCCAGAGAAUCCGCCGGGGCAGUAUAGGGGUGUGGAAUUACGUCUGCCCCCGCUUGGGGGGCAUAGGAUUUGCUAGCUGCCUAGUCUGCUUGUUUGUUGGGCUCUAUUACAAUGUGAUCAUCGGGUGGAGCAUGUUUUAUUUUUUCAAAUCCUUCCAGUCCCCUCUUCCUUGGAGUGAGUGCCCUAUCAUCAAAAAUGGCUCAGUGGCAACUGUGGAACCCGAAUGUGACAAAAGCUCUGCUACUACUUUCUUCUGGUAUCGGGAUGCCUUGGACAUUUCCAACUCCAUUUCAGAGGGUGGUGGCCUUAACUGGAGAAUGACUUUGUGCCUACUGGCAGCUUGGAGCAUCGUGGGCUUGGCCAUGAUCAAAGGAAUCCAGUCCUCUGGGAAGGUGAUGUAUUUCAGCUCCCUCUUUCCUUAUGUGGUGCUGAUCUGCUUCCUGGUCCGGGGAUUGCUCUUGAGAGGUGCAAUUGAUGGCAUCCUUCAUAUGCUCACUCCCAAACUUGAUAAAAUGUUGGAUCUCCAAGUGUGGCGAGAAGCAGCCACUCAGGUCUUCUUCGCUCUAGGACUAGGCUUUGGUGGAGUUAUUGCUUUCUCCAGUUACAACAAACAGGACAAUAACUGCCACUUUGAUGCAGCCCUCGUCUCCUUCAUCAACUUCUUCACCUCCAUCUUGGCCACACUCGUGGUCUUUGCUGUGCUGGGCUUCAAAGCCAAUGUCAUGAAUGAGAAAUGUGUCAUUGAGAAUGCUGAGAAGAUCCUAGGCUAUCUGAACUCCAACAUCUUGAGCCAUGCACUUAUUCCACCCCAAGUGAACUUCUCCCAUCUCACAGCCAAGGACUACAGUGAGAUGUAUAGUGUGAUAAAGACAGUGAAGAAGGACCACUUCCAGAAGCUGGGGCUGGAUCCAUGUAUACUGGAAGAUGAGCUUAACAAGUCAGUGCAGGGAACUGGCCUCGCAUUCAUAGCUUUCACGGAAGCUAUGACCCAUUUCCCAGCUUCUCCUUUCUGGUCAGUGAUGUUCUUCCUGAUGCUGAUCAACCUCGGUCUGGGGAGCAUGAUUGGAACCAUGGCUGGCAUCACCACGCCCAUCAUUGACAUGUUCAAAGUGCGCAAGGAAGUGCUAACAGUUGGCUGUUGCAUUUUUGCUUUCUGUGUGGGUCUGAUCUUUGUGCAACGCUCAGGCAACUAUUUCGUCACCAUGUUCGAUGAUUAUUCUGCAACACUGCCACUCACUCUUGUGGUAAUCCUGGAGAACAUUGCUGUGGCUUGGAUUUACGGUACCAAAAAAUUCAUGCAAGAAUUAACAGAAAUGCUGGGCUUCAGGCCUUACCUGUUCUAUUUUUACACAUGGAAGUACAUCUCACCCAUCUGCAUGGCUGGCCUCAUGACAGCCAGCAUAAUUCAGCUAGCAGUCAAUCCACCAGGUUACAAUGCCUGGAUCAGAGAAGAGGCCACAGAGAAAUUUCUCUAUUACCCAAAAUGGGCAAUGGGUAUCCUGGUCUCGCUGAUCAUCUUGGCUACCCUUCCUCUGCCUGUAGUCUUCAUCCUCCGCCAGUUCCAUCUGGUGUCAGAUGGUUCCAAUGCUCUGUCUGUCACAUACAAGAAGGGCCGUAUGAUGAAGGACAUCUCCAACUUAGAAGACAAUGAUGAGACACGUUUCAUCUUGAGUAAAGUACCCAGCGAAACCCCUUCCCCAAUGCCUACCCAUCGUUCUUACCUGGGCCCAGGGAGCACGUCCCCAAUGGAGAUGAGCAAUGUCGCCAAUGGACGCUAUAGCAGUGGGUACCUUAUGGCUACCACUCCCGAGUCCGAACUGUGA